AUGUGGGGACCCGGGAUCACCGCUGAGGGCCUGUCGGUGGCGCCGGCGCCGCCGCCUCUACUGCCCCUGCUGCUGCUACUGGCGCUGGCGCUGGUGGCGCCCUCGCGGGGCGGCGGGGGCUGCGCGGAGCUGGCGUGUGGUGAGCGGGAGCGCUGCUGCGACUCGGCCAACGCCACGGCGGUGCGCUGCUGUAAGCUGCCGCUACAUGCCUUCCUGGACAACGUGGGCUGGUUUGUCCGCAAGCUCUCAGGGCUGCUCAUCCUGCUCGUGCUCUUCGCCAUCGGCUACUUCCUGCAGCGUAUCAUCUGCCCCAGCCCACGCAGGUACCCGCGUGGCCAGGCACGACCUGGCCAGGCAAGACCCGGGCCUCCGGGGGGCGCCGGGCCACCGGGAAACACAGGACCACCAGACGACGACGACGACGACUCGCCCACUCUGCUGCCCGAUGAGGCAGCCACUGGCUCACAGGACUCACUGCUGGACAGUGGCUGCAGCGGCCGCGGCCGGGGAGGCGGUGGCCGCUUGGCCCCCUCCUGCGCCACGGAGCACGAGCUGCGUGUAGUUUCUCCAGUUUUCCUACAGCUGCCCAGUUACGAAGAGGUCAAGUACCUGCCCACAUAUGAAGAGUCUAUGCGCCUGCAGCAGCUCAGCCCGGGAGAGGUGGUGCUGCCGGUGUCUGUGCUUGGCUGCCCGCGAGGCGGUGGAGCCGGGGAUCCAGACUGCGGCGCGGGCCGCUUCCCGCUCAUCUGAGCGCCCAGGUCCUCUCCAGAGCCACGCGGACUUUGUGAGGCCGGGAGCUGCGAGAAGCCAUAAGGGCUGGUAUGCCCGCAGCCGCCAACUGCCUCUGACCCUGCCUAGCACUCCAGCCUAACUUCCUGUCCCCCUGCGAAUGGGUUGGGGUCAUCCCUCUCUCUCAUGCUCUCCCAGGAUCUUAAGUUUCCCCACGUUUUAUUCGGUUCAAGGUAACGUUGGGGGGGAGAAAGCAAAGAAGGAGCCCCCAACGCAACUUCAACUUAGAAGGACGUCCCCGCCCUCUGCCUCGCCUCCUCUUCUGUUCACUCUUAAGUGCCUGCUUCCCGAAUCAAAGAGAACACGUGAGCCCUUUUGUGCUUUGGGAGAAGGGCGGUUUUCUUUAAGGUUGAAGAGAAAGGAGCACGGUUCCACCCCUACCUGGACAGUUCACUGUCUCGCAGGAUGGGCAGAGGGCUAGAAGUCGUUGGGGGCAAGUGGCGCCCAGUGAUUGCUGCGCGCCGGCCUGGGAGAGUUACACUUGGGUAUGAUGAAAUCCCUUUCUUGAGAAGGACGUAGAAAACCGUUUGGUGUCUUUCUGAACAAGCAAAUAGUUCAACUGAUGGCUCACAAUUAGGUGGGGAGGUACCCACGAUAUAUGGUUGGUUGGAUGCUGUACCUAGUCAAGAUUCAACUACUUUUAUCAAGAUUGUAUUCAUAAUGUGGUACAGUAGCACUUUUGAUUUUUCAAUAACUGAGAAGGUAUAUUUGUCUUUUAUUUUUAUAUUUUUGCCAUGUAUUGAACUCAACAGAAGGAUAUUUCAACAAAGACAACAACUGUCUUAAUCACUUUUUUAAGUGGUCAGGAAAUUAAUGGUCAGGAAAUUACCCACAUUCUGUCUUAUUGUUUAACAAAUGUUGAACAUUAUUUCAUUAAGAGUGAAAAAGAGAGAGAUGGUCAAAUGAGGAAACAUGUAACAUAAAACAUGAAGGAUAUCUUAUUUUCACUAGUUGAGAAUAUAUUUUAUUUUUAGUACUGUGGCAUAAUAUAUAACUUUUUAUAAUAACUGCACAUCAUGUAGUCUAGAUCAUUACAUAGUUACAUGUAAAAAUAAUUGAUGCAUAUAUGCCAUACCAUGAAGCAUGAUGUCAUGCACUUUUUCUUCAGUUUUUUUAUUUGGAAUACAUUACACAACAUGAUACAAAACAAAGAUCCUGAGACUUGUAACUUUUGUUUAAAGCCAUAAUUGUGCAGUAAUGUGCUUCAGAUGGAUUUAGCCAACUAUCUUAAGGGAGAAAAAGUGUCUCAUAUUUGUUCUACUAUUCUGUGACAUGUCCCUUAAGCAAAAGGUAAUAAAUAUAACAGUUUGAUAUGUUGUGUAUAAUGUACAUAUACAUAUUAUGUACAAUAUAUACAUCAAAUACUAUAUAGCAGUUUGUAAUUAGCAUGAAAGGAAAAGAAAGA